AUGCACAGUGAGACCAGAGCUGCAGGUGCUGGUGGCCAAGGGCAUCCGAGAACCACGAUCGAGGUCGUGUGCAACUACCGACUGGGCAAGAAGGUUUGUGUGAAGCACAACCCCAAAUACUCUAUAGGAGGCCUAAAGAAACUGAUUGUGGCCCAGAUGGGCACACCUUGGAACAAAAUCAUCCUGAAGAAAUGGUACAUGGUCUUCAAGGACCACGUGAUGCUAGGGGACCAUGAAAUCCAUGAUGGAACAGAUCUAGAGCUCUAUUACCAAUAG